AAUAAAUAUAAACAUAUUUCUAGUCCCGCCAAAAAAGCACCCUGCUCUUCUCCCAUUGGCUGUUGUGCCACGCGUACGCGACCGAAAUAAAAUAUAUUCAUUUCACUCCUAUGCGCACGACCUCGCUCCCAUGCACACGACCAACUUUCUGCUAUUGUGAAUCGUUAAGUUAGGAAACAUGGCGUUCACAUCCUAUGCACACGACCUACUGUUACUGUUACUGUUAUUUUUUCAAUUGUGAACCCAGCUUGGCUCGAAAGCCUGCAGUGGGCAGUGUGUUUACCUUCGCCUCUCACAGCAUGUCGGCGCCGGUCCUGGAACACGCACUGCCGCCGCAGCUGUGGUGCAGCAAGGACUCAUUUCCCCCCUCCAUCCAUCCUCGACCAAUCAGCGUCGCGCGACUGCAGCGCCCUGACCUGGGCGCGGCCGGUGACGCGACUACACGCACACUCCAUGUCCGUCCGUCAGCCGCCGAGCGCUCUGCAACACCCCGCUCGUCCGGUAGGGGCGCGGUUACACGGGACCUUGAACUACUUCAGAAGCAGCGAGGAGGAAUGCCGGUGCUGACGCUGCAACUGGGGCAGUGCGGGAACCAGCUGGGCCACGCGCUGUUCUCGGCGCUGGCGCGGGACGCCGGUCCCGGGGACUCGCAGUAUGCGCGCGAGGCGGCCGACACGUGGUUCCGGGAGCGGCCGCGCGGGGCGCCGGUGGCCAGGGCGCUGCUCGUGGACACGGAGCCCAAGGUGCUGGAGGACGUGACGCGGCGGCAGGCGGCGCCGGGCUGCAGCUGGCACUACUGCGGCGCGCUGAGGGUGGCCAGUCCAGCGGGGGGCGGGUCGGGGAACAACUGGGCGCUGGGGUUCCGCGUGAGGGGCCCGGAGCUGGGGGAGCGGGUCGUGGAGGCGGCGCGCAGGGAGGCGGAGCGCUGCGACCCGCCGCUGGCGCUGCUCAGCCUGCUGAGCUCGGCGGGGGGCACGGGCUCGGGACUGGGCAGCCACGUGAUCUCCGCUCUGCGGGACGAGUUCCCCUGCCAGAAGCUGGUGAGCGUGGUGGUGCUGCCGUACUGCGCGGGCGAGGCGGCCACCCAGGACUACAACACCGUGCUGGCGCUGGCCGCCCUCUACGAGGUCUGCGACCUGCACCUGCUCUUCGGGAACGACGAGCUGCAGGGGAUCUGCUCCUCGCAGCUGGGCGAGAGGAACCCUAAGCUGGUGCACCUGAACCGCCUGGCGGCGCUGCAGCUGGCUGCGGUGUUCCAGCCGGUGCAGCGGUACUCGGGCGUGUCGAACAUAGUGUCGCACCUGGCGGCGCACCCGGCCUUCCGCCUGGCCACCGUGGGCUCCGCCCCCCACGUGGCCCCCGCCGCGCAGGGGCACGAGGCCGGGUGCUCGUGGCCCAUCCUGGCGAGGCAGCUCAGGAGGACGCUGCGCGGGAGCCGCCAGGUGGCCGGCCUGCUGGUCACCCGGGGCGCCGCCCCGCCGGCCGCGGGGACCCUGGCCGAGCUGGGCUGCGACCAGCUGUACUGCGGGUGGGUGCCCCGCGAGGCGCGCCUGCUGCACUUCCACCAGCCCCGGCGCCUGCUGGGACGCGAGCGCACCGCGGCGCUGGCGUGCAACAGCGCCCGGGCCUGCCGCCCCCUGGACUCCGUGGUGGACCGUGCCUGGCGCGCCUUCUCGCACGGGGCCUACCUGCACCACUACAGCCAGCACGGCGUCGGCGAGGACGACUUCCGCGAGGCCUUCCUCAGGGCUGAGGCCAUUCUGCAGGACUACGCUCAGAUCAGCGAGUAGACGGUGGCUUGUCGUUCUUAACCAGCGGUGCAGGCCGCCUCUUCUCUGUGGUGGACCGUUGUUGUUUGGUAGCUCUGUGUCGCCGGAGGCUUGAGUCGGUACUUUAUAAAGUUCAGGGGCUUUUGGAAAAAAAUUUAUACCAUAGAAACAAAAAGAAAAGUAUGUGAGAGGACAUGUUUCCGGUCCACUCGGUGGCAUGUGGCGAGCCGCCUUUUCUCAGUGAUGGACCGUUGUUAUUUGGUAGCUCUGCGUCGCCGGAGGCUUGAGUCGGUACUUUAAAAACUUCCGGGGCUUUUGGAAAAAAAUGUUCGUGAGUAAUGUGAGCAGUGAGUACGUCCAUCUACCUGCAACAUUAUAUUCAGUAUUAAUUCUCUUGUUUGUUUGGUUAUUUACGUAUUUGAAGUCAGUGCCAGCGAGAGAUACCGGGGGCAAAUCAUUUUGUGGGACCCUCCCUCAUUAUUUAAUGUAUAACUUUUUAAAACCCACAGUUUUUAAAAGAAAAAAAAUAUAUAAUAAUCUGAAGACUAUAAACGUGGCCAUAAAGGUAAACAUUUACUGUGCAUAUUGCAUUACCUUGUAAGGUUUUAUAUGUAUAUGUUUGAAAUUUUGAUCUUAUCGGGGAAAACUCAGGGGAUUUGCCCCCCCCCUUCCCAAUCCUUUCUCGACCUUGGCCCUGUUUUAAGUUAAGGAUGCGCUGCUGCAUGUAGACAUAUGUCGCACCUCUCGUACUUCUGGAAGCAGAGUAUUGUAUAUUUGUGAUUUGAAACUGUGUGUGAAAAAUAAAUAAUGGACUCUCAAA